AUGUCUUCCUCCAACUUCCACACUACCACCCAAGACCUACGCAAGCCCGAGUCUCGCGUCUCCAAGGCUCACGGCGGCCAGACUCCAGCCGAUUCAGACAUUUCAGUUAUGAAGUCCGUCCUCGACUCCGGCACCAACAAACAAGAACAAAUCGAACGAGCCCGCAACAACCUCCCCCUCCCCGACCAACCCCCCGUCGCCAGCGACUGGAACUCAGCCGACCAGCGAACCGUCAACGUCGGCUCCGGUCGCUUCGAAAGCUCUGCUUCAACCGGUGCUGGUUCCAGUGCCCUUCGCGAUCCCGCUACUGUCGACAGCAGUGUGCGCGUUGAUGGGGAGGAGUAUCACAAGGCUACUGAGCCUGGAUCGAGUGUUGGUCGACAGGGUCAGGAAGGGUUGGAUAGUUUGCCUAAGGAUGCUCGUACUCGGUAA